UCAAAAUAAUCCACACGUUGAUGCUACCUGAAAAAUCACGUAACCCUGAUUUUCCCCUCGCUAGGCUCGAUUUACGUGACACACGUAAAAAUAAUGUGAAAGUGUACUGGCAAAAAAAUGUUUUCACGUUGAUGUUACGUGAAAAGCCUUAUGAUAUUUUUCCACUAGGGUUUUCCAUGUAGUUUUUAUGUGUUUUGAAAUGUAACUUCAACGGAACUCGAGUGCGCCAUUCGGUGAAAUUUCUACGUGAUUAUUUUAGUAUGAAAAUUGAUGGCAUUCGGUGAAGAACUGCUGCCGGACUUGUGGUCGCAAAAUUUCAUCGAAAAUGUAACAGAUGAUGUCUAGAAGAAGCAUCUUCUUUCUCGAUGGCCAUUGGCAUUCUGGCCGGUGAUAUCACCAGCGGUGACCUGAAGAACGCCUCGAAGGCGAUCCCAGGCGCAAUCUCGGUCAUCAUCCUGACGUCGAUUUCGUCCGUCGGAACGCCAAUUGUGGCCGAUAUUACUGUGGUGAUUGACGCCACCGGAAAUGUUUCAGACUUGGCCAACGGGUCGUGGAUCUAUGCCGAUUGUGCCCCGGAGAAGUACGAGUACGGAUUACACAACUCGUUCCAGGUCAUGGAGUUGGUAUCUGGUCCAAUCAUCUACGCCGAGUACGCCGAAAAACAUCUCCGCGGUCAGCAGAAUCGGCAAACUUUGACCACAUAUCAUACACAUCAUACAGUGCAGUCAUCAGUUUAUUUCCGGCAAGAGGCACCACAUUACAAAGUUGUGUACAGUGGAAUCGUUUCAAAAAAGUUGAAAAAGUAUAAAUAAAAAAGUAUCUGCUAAUUAAA